AUGUUGGGCUCAAGAACGAUUUCGUUUCUUUUUCUCUUUGCAACCAUCUUCUCCGCCGUCCAUGGCUGCCCUCCUUCCGAUAGGGCGGCGCUUCUGGCCUUCAAAGCCGCUUUAAGCGAACCAUACAUUGGUAUAUUCAACUCAUGGAAAGGCAACGACUGUUGCCACGGCUGGUACGGAGUACAAUGCGAUCCGGUGCACCGGCGAGUCGCCGACAUCAACCUCCACGGCAUUUCGGAGGAACCCAUCUUCCAGAAGGCUCACCGGACCGGUUACAUGACCGGAAAGAUCUCCCCGGAGAUUUGCAAGCUGAGCUGGCUCUCCAGCCUGACUGUUGCGGAAUGGAAGGGCAUUUCGGGAAGCAUCCCGGCUUGCAUCACGUCGUUGCCGUUCCUCCGCCACAUUGACCUGACCGGAAACAAGAUCUCCGGCGAACUCCCGGCGGAUAUUGGGAGACUCAGUCGGCUUGUGUUGUUGCACGUGGCGGAUAAUCAAAUAGCGGGUCAGAUCCCGAGGUCAUUGACGAAUUUAACCUCGUUAGCGCACUUGGAUCUUCGUAAUAAUCUGAUCCAAGGAACGAUUCCGAGUGAUAUCGGGAAAAUGAAAAAGCUGAGCCGGGCUUUAUUGAGCCGGAACAGACUUCAAGGUUUGAUCCCGGAUUCGUUUUCGGCUAUUUAUCGGCUUUUGGUUCUGGAUCUUUCGUUCAACCGGCUUUCGGGUUCCAUCCCGGCGUCGCUGGGUAAAAUGUCGGUUUUGGCCACGUUGAAUCUGGACGGGAAUAAUCUUUCCGGUACCAUGCCGGCGAGUUUGAUAAGUUCUCGAAUCUCCUCGUUGAACGUAAGCAGGAAUGCAAUUGAGGGCCCCAUUCCGGAUGCAUUUGGGCCAAGUUCAUAUUUUACGGUUCUUGAUUUGUCUUACAAUAAGCUUAAAGGAAGCUUACCAAAGUCUAUUGGUUCAGCUAGUUACAUUGGCCACCUUGACGUUAGUCACAACCACCUUUGUGGGCGGAUACCGGCAGGUCCACCGUUCGACCAUCUUGACUCGUCGUCGUUCUUUGCCAAUGAUUGUUUAUGUGGGAAGCCACUGAAGCCUUGCCGAUGA